GGUGGAGCUCGAGCGAGAGAAACCGGAAGUCAACGUCGUAAUCGCGCAGGGAAGGAAAAAUAAAUACGAAAACACAAUCUCAAGGAGGCGAAAGUCAAGCCAUUUUUUAGAAGAAAACCAGAAACAUUUGGAUAAUGUUUUUUACUGUGCGUCGAGACACCGUGGCUUUGGAGAGGUUAUCAAGUAGCUAAAUGGAGUCGGAGCAGCUUUUCAACAGAGGGUAUUACCGAAACAGUUACAACAGCAUAGCAAGUGCCAGCAGCGACGAGGAGCUUCUCGAUGGAGCCGGCCUCAUCAUGGACUUCCACACCUCAGAAGAUGACAUCUUAUUAGAUGGAGAAGCUUCAUCCGGGAAUAAUUAUACAAUGACAAAUGGGGGAAACAUAAGCAGUUCAACACAUUUACUGGACCUUCUAGAUGAGCCCAUUCCAGGAGUCGGUACCUACGAUGAUUUCCACACAAUUGACUGGGUUCGAGAAAAGUGCAAAGACAGGGAAAGGCACAGAAAGAUUAACAGCAAGAAGAAAGACUCGGCGUGGGAGUUUACAAAGAGCUUGUAUGAUGCUUGGUCAGGGUGGCUAGUUGUGACUCUGACAGGCUUGGCUUCUGGUGCCCUGGCAGGUUUGAUAGACAUUGCUGCUGACUGGCUGAACGACCUGAAGGAAGGUGUCUGCCUCAGUGCAUUGUGGUUUAAUCACGAACAGUGCUGCUGGGGAUCAAAUGAAACGACCUUUGAGGAAAGGGACAAAUGUCCCCAGUGGAAGACGUGGGGACACCUUAUCCUCGGACAGGCUGAAGGUCCGGGUUCCUAUAUAAUGAACUACAUCAUGUAUAUCUACUGGGCUUUGUCUUUUGCCUUCCUGGCUGUUUGUAUGGUAAAGGUGUUUGCACCGUAUGCCUGUGGCUCCGGUAUACCAGAGAUCAAAACGAUCCUGAGUGGCUUCAUCAUUCGAGGGUACCUGGGCAAGUGGACACUGCUGAUUAAGACUGUGACUCUGGUGCUGGCUGUGGCUUCAGGCCUGAGUCUGGGGAAGGAGGGGCCUCUUGUGCAUGUUGCCUGCUGUUGUGGCAACAUCUUCUCAUAUCUUUUCCCAAAGUACAGCAAAAAUGAAGCGAAAAAACGAGAGGUGCUGUCGGCUGCGUCCGCGGCUGGAGUUUCUGUUGCUUUCGGUGCUCCGAUAGGCGGCGUCCUGUUCAGUUUGGAAGAGGUUAGCUAUUACUUCCCCCUGAAAACGCUCUGGAGGUCAUUCUUCGCCGCUCUGGUUGCUGCCUUUGUCCUGCGCUCCAUCAACCCCUUUGGAAACAGCAGGCUGGUGCUGUUCUACGUGGAGUACCACACCCCCUGGUACCUGUUUGAACUCUUCCCCUUCAUCCUGCUGGGGGUCUUCGGAGGGCUCUGGGGCGCCUUCUUCAUCCGCGCCAACAUAGCCUGGUGCCGCCGGCGCAAAUCCACGCGCUUGGGGAAGUACCCGGUGCUGGAGGUGAUCACCGUGGCAGCCAUCACAGCUAUCGUGGCGUUCCCCAACCCCUACACCCGGCAGAACACCAGCGAGCUCAUCAAGGAGCUCUUCACCGACUGCGGGCCCCUCGCCUCCUCCCAGCUCUGCCAGUACCGCAGCGAGAUGAACGGCAGCACGGUGGUGGACGACAUCCCGGAGCGCCCGGCCGGGCCCGGAGUCUACUCAGCCAUGUGGCAGCUCUCCCUGGCGCUCGUCUUCAAAAUCAUCAUGACCAUCUUCACCUUCGGCAUCAAGGUGCCAGCGGGCCUGUUCAUUCCCAGCAUGGCUAUCGGGGCGAUCGCUGGCAGGAUUGUGGGCAUUGCGGUGGAGCAGCUGGCUUACUACCACCACGACUGGUUCCUGUUCAAGGAGUGGUGUGAGGUCGGGGCGGACUGCAUCACACCAGGACUCUACGCCAUGGUUGGCGCUGCUGCGUGUCUUGGGGGUGUGACCCGGAUGACCGUGUCCCUGGUGGUCAUUGUGUUCGAGCUGACUGGUGGUCUGGAGUACAUCGUCCCCCUGAUGGCAGCAGUGAUGACCAGUAAGUGGGUGGGGGACGCCUUUGGCAGGGAGGGCAUCUAUGAAGCGCACAUUCGCCUGAAUGGCUACCCCUUCCUGGACGCCAAGGAGGAGUUCACUCACACCACACUGGCCUCCGAGGUGAUGCGGCCGGGCCAGGGCGCCCCUCCCCUGUCCGUGCUCACGCAGGAUGACAUGACCGUGGAGGAGCUGGAGGCUAUAAUCAAUGACAGCAGCUACAACGGCUUCCCCGUCAUCGUGUCAAAGGAGUCCCAGAGACUGGUGGGGUUCGCUCUGAGGAGAGACAUCACCAUUGCCAUUGAAAAUGCCCGUCGAAAGCAGGAGGGUAUUGUCAGGACGUCCCGGGUGUACUUCACCCAGCACUCCCCGCCGCUCCCGGCAGACAGCCCCCGUCCUCUGAAACUGAGAGCCAUCCUGGACAUGAGCCCCUUCACCCUCACCGACCACACACCCAUGGAGAUUGUGGUGGAUAUCUUCAGGAAGCUGGGCCUGAGGCAGUGCCUCGUCACACACAACGGGCGCCUCCUUGGCAUUAUAACAAAAAAAGAUAUCCUCCGUCACAUGGCCCAGAAGUCAAACCUCGACCCAGAGACAAUAAUGUUCAAUUAAACCCCAUUGAGACGAAACAGGAGGUGGGGAGACGGAAGAGGAGGAGAGGGGGGAGACGGAAGAGGAGGAGAGGGGGAGAUGGAAGAGGAGGA